CCUGUUGAAAUCCAUUUGUCCUCCAUCCUACUACCCUUGAAUAAUAUUCCUCAAGGCAAAUGUUUCUGCUGUGUGACUCUUUCCAUUCUUUGGAUUAAAACAAUGAUUGUAAUUCUGCUGAUGAAUAUGUUGAUGGUAUUAUACAGUGGCGGCCAAGAAUCGGAGCCCCCAGCCCUUCCACCAGAGCUUCCACUUUCACCCGAAAGAAAUCUGAACAAUAUCACGUUCUUCAAUGGGGUCUUUCAAAACGUGGACAGCGUUGCAUUGUUUUUUGACUGCCUGGGUUCUCACUUCACUUGGCUACAGUCCAUAUUCACUAACUUCCCUGCACUGCUCCAUUUCGUGAACAAAAUGAGGUGUGUAACAGGACUUUGCCCCAGGGAUUUCGAAGACUACGGCUGCUCUUGCCGGUUCGAGAUGGAAGGGCUCCCUGUGGAUGAAGUGGACAGCUGCUGUUUCCAGCACCGCAAAUGCUAUGAAGAAGCCGUGGAGCUGGAGUGCUCAUGGGACCCUGCCAAGAUAUCUAUGGACAUCAGCUGUCUUACGAAAAACAUUUCCUGUGAGUCUGGGGAUCCUUGUGAACGGCUUCUCUGCAAUUGUGACAAAGCGGCUAUUGAGUGUUUUGUCCAUUCACACAUUAACUCUUCCUUGAACGGCCUGGAUGUCUCCUUCUGUCCGGGUCAGGUUACAGAAACAACUAGCAAGAAAGGAUUGACAACACUUCAUAUGGAGGAGCUUCUUAACCACCGGGGUGAUAAACCACUGCUGACAACUACUUCCAUGACAGAAGGAAUUCCACCUGCAGCCAGCAAUACCAGCUUGAAACCCCCCACUUCUGAGUUUACUCCCAGAGAGCUCAGCAGUGCCCGGGGGAGAACGCCCAAAGCAGAAUUUAUCGCAAGAGAUCAUGAAGGCAUGUCUGCUUCCUUCAUGGAUCCCACACUAACAGUUACUACAGUGAAGAUCACAGCCACACCAGCAGUUGCAACUGAAAUUCAGAGGGGGCAGGGAGGUGAUUUAAUUGUAAGCGUACCUUCAAGAGUUACAGAGGAUGCUUUCCCAACGGAAGAGCCAACCACAGCCACAGCAGGUAUUAACUCAACAGGGCCAGACGUGAUACCCACUGAAAACGAUCCCACCACGACAACAGAACAAGAGACGAGCUUUAAGAUAGGAGAAGCGAGCACAGCUUCCUCUGCGAUAUCCCCAGAAGUGACACUCGCUGAGAGGGGGCCUGAUGAAGCUGUCAGACAAGUCUGUGACAGAUUCACCUUUCUGCAAAUGAGAGGGAACGGAAAGGUGAAGCGGGAGCUGCCUCAGCUAGGAGAAAUGCUGUUUUGCUUGACUGAUCGAUGCCCACAGGAUUUUGAAUCUUAUGGCUGCUACUGUGGCCAAGAAGGAAGAGGUUAUCCUACAGAUGUACUGGACAGGUGCUGUUUCUCCCAUCAAUGCUGUAUGGAACAAGUUAAAAAACUUGGGUGCCAGCCAGAGGGAAGUUUGAGAUCUGAAGUUGUAUGUUUAGAUCAUAAACCGAAGUGCAUUGGCUGGAGCAUGUGCGAGAAGCUCCUGUGUACCUGUGAUAAGACAGCGGCUGAGUGUAUGGCUGCUGCCUCUUUCAAUGAAAGCUUGAGGUUCCUAACCCGGCAAGCCUGCCAAGAGAACAAAGCCUCAUGUCGCAGUGGAAUAGCUGAGAGGCCUGCAGGUGACACUGGAAUAGGCACCAGGACCUCCAGCUCGGAGGAGAGCAGUGAGGAGGCAGGUCCGUGGAGGAGUGCUUUAAGAAGAAUAAAGAGAGCUGCACGACACCCCCGGGGAAAAGCCAGAGCCACACCACAAGAGAGAUAGCCAAGUCUCUAUAUCCAACUGGGAAAUGGCAUGGAGGGCUCCAGAGUCAACCACUGUGUGUCCUAUUUUAUCUUAUCUUUGUAAAUUCUCUUUUACAUUUUCUUGCAGACCCCAGAUUGAAUUACACAGACUAGGUAAGGGGUUAUAUAUGUUAGGAUAUAGAACUCUGUUCUACAGGAAAACCUGCGCUAAGGACCAUUUCCACCUGUCUUACAUGAUUGUUUGAAAGUAUCCAGUAUAGUUUCGUUCAGCUUUUAUGUAAAGACCCCUCUGCCAGGUGACUGAUUUUCGCUAACACCUCUGGCAGUUGGUUACAAUUUAUUUUGUUUUGUAUUGGAAAGGAGAUGUCUCUCGCUGAAAAAAAAACAAACACAAUUGAAGGGUUGGAAUUAGAAUUUGAUACAUUUUCACAUUACAUGCCACUAUAUGUAGUUAAUACAGAACUCCUCCAUGAUAUUAAAAUAGCAUCUUAUAGCUUACUAUACUAGUUACGUAACUAUGGUAAAACAUUCUGGUCGAUAUCCUUCUUGAAUAUUCAGGGACGUGGUGGGAGGAGAGGAGGAACAUCUGUCAAGACACAUGUCUCCAAGAAUUGUGUAAUAUGUGCAGAUGUCUGCAGUACCUCCUAAGAGGUCACCCACCUAGGCUUCAAGGUGUCACAGAGCACAUGUUCUGCCUUCAACAACAUGGAGCCCCUUCCGAUUACAUUUUUGGCCAGCUGGGGCCUUAGUUUCCUGUUCAUCCCCAUUCUCUGAAUUAUUUUCUUGCCCCACCUCUUACUGGCUCUGCAAGUCAAUGGGCAACUGUAACAUGCUGCAGAGUUUUACAGGUCUCCAAUUUCCCUUUUUGUGUAUUAUGUAGAAGGGAGCAUAGUGGCAUCUUCCGAUGAGAACCAGCGCACAUGGGCCAAAUGACGUGGGGAAGCCUGCAUCUCUACUGGCCAUGCUGUGACUGUUCUUUGGAGAAACAUCUUCAGCUUCCAGGAACAUGGCAUGAUACCAACAGGACUAAUGUAAUAGAUUUCUCAAAUUAAACUUCAUUUUUCCUUCCUACGGCCCACUGUCGCUCCCAUUAUGCCAUCUGCAUGGAGUCAGUGGAGAUACACUGUUAAACUACAGCAGCAAAUCAGCCUCUUUCCUGUCCCCUGUCCUCCUUUUAGAAAACAAACCAAAACACACCAUUGCGAGCUGUAAUGAGACCUUUGAGGAGGGAGUGAGAGAAAAUUAAAAAUCCUUAUUCCCAGAAUCACUGGAAAAUUGAACUGGGACCUCUAGUAAAUCUAGAGUACUCUGCACUUUUUGCUGCUUUGUGCAGCAGCUAAGAUUGAUGAUGAUGAUGGAUGGUUCCAGCCCUUUGCAUUGCAGAGUUUUCUGGAAGACUUGCUUAAUAGGACAACACUGAUUUAUAUAGAUAAGGCUAUCGCUACUUAGACAGCAGCAAAGCAAUGAAGGACAUGCAAUGAGGUGUUAAUUUCAAAGCUUUGAUGUGACCAGUUAAAUGUUAAUACUAGGGAGCAAAUUAUCUACUUUGCAUGUUGUAACCAAGUGGGCCUAAAAAUCAAAUCUCACUGGGAGUUAAAUCAACAGCAGCUUCAUUGCUUUGGAUGAUGCCAUAUGUUCUGGCACCAAUUUUAAUCUCAUUUUGCUUUAUCUCAGUUCUGACUAGAACCAACAGUGCAAUGGGAUCAAUAGAUUUUAAACCCAGAAGGGACCACAAUCAUCUCCUCUAACCUCCUGCAUAGCACAGACCAUAAAAUGUCAGGCAAUGGGACAAGUCAGAUGUUUCAGAAUGAGUAGGGACGUGUGUAUAUUUCAAAAGGUCAGGGUCUUGAACAGAACAGGCCGUUCUCUCCAGUCCAUUCCGUGCUUUGCAAUUCUUAGUCUCCUAAAACUCACGGUAGACAUGGAGUUGUGAACAAGAAAUUCUCCCUGGCGGCUAAAUGCACAUUUAACCAGUUUGCAUGAAAGUGAUUUUUUUUAAAUUCCUGACUUUGAAUUGUGUAUGAAAACAGAAGACAGGUUGCCUGGGAUAUUUUCUUCAUCAUCCAAAAAAAUCUAAGCAAGUUUUUAGUUUGGAAGUUAAAUGAAAACAGUCUCACACUUUCUGAUUUAUGACCUAAAAUAUUGAAUAUAAUCUCAUCCCAUAUAGUAGAGUAAAUAUUUCAUUUUUAGUAUUUGCGGAAGAUUUCUGGUGCUGCUGUCAUAUUAUGCUUUAACUUAAAUAGAUCUAUAAAAUUACUGACAAUCUUUACUACAACUGUUGAUUUGAUUUUACUGUAAAUGUGUGAAAUGGAUCUUCAAACAGAAAAUUAACUUGAAGUAAACAGUUGACAAUGUAAUAAAACCAAAAUGUUUUCAAAUGUCACCCCUUUUGAGGCUCCUCUUGAAACGAAUGAAGAAUUUCCACUAACAUUUUUUACAAUAAAGACACUUGUUA